AUGAUCCGUGCGGGAGAGCGCUUCAUCUUAUCCAUUCUUUUCACUUUUAAGCUCCUUGGUUUCCCAGCAACAAGUCACGGUAGCGUUCCGCCGGACAGUUUGCAUUUUGCAGGCGAAAAACAAGAAAAGUUUAUUAAGACUUUGCAGAGUUAUGAAAUAGUUCAUCCAGUCAAAGUGGACGAAAGUGGAACUUUUCUCUCGCAGGACGUCAGUCACUAUGUCAAUCACGUUAGAAGGCGGGACCUUAGAAAGCAGGGCGACCACGUCUUUUACCAAAUUGUUCUCCGAGGCCAAAAGCUGUUUUUUAACCUGACCGUGAAUCAACCCUUUCUUUCUCCGGCAUACGUCCUUGAGAAAAGGUACGGGAACGUAACUGGUGCCGUGAUUCAUGGCCCCGCGGUGAACACGUGUCAUUUCACGGGCAGAGUGCAGCAUCCUAAACUGGGCAGCGGCGCCGCUGCUGUGAGCACCUGCAAAGGACUGCAUGGCUUCUUCCGUCUACACAGUGAAGACUAUUUUAUUGAGCCAAUACGCAGCCACCCACAAAGAAGUGAGAAACAGCAGCCACAUAUUAUUUACAAGAGACAAGUUUCUCCACACUCUCAGAGAAAGCAGCAUGGACUCCCCUCUGGGAGCUCAGGGUCCUGUGGAAUACGAGAUUCUUUCAAUAAUAUCCUGAAGCCAGAGAGACUGAGAGAGAGAUGGGAAGGGAUUCAUAGGAAAGGACGCAGAAUCUCCCAGCGAUCAAUCAGCAAAGAACGAUGGGUUGAAACAUUGGUGGUUGCUGACACUGAAAUGAUAGAAUACCAUGGCAGUGAAAAUGUGCAGUCAUACAUCUUUACUAUAAUAAAUAUGGUUGCAAGCCUGUUCCAUGAUCCCAGUAUCGGCAAUGCUAUUCACAUCGUGUUGGUGAGACUCAUUUUACUGGAGGAAGAAGAGAAGGAACUAAAAAUCAUUCAUCACGCUGACCAUACGCUUUCCAGCUUCUGCAAGUGGCAAAAGAACAUCAAUCCUAAAAGCGAUUCCAGCCCAAAUCAUCACGAUGUGGCCGUGUUGUUGACUCGGAAGGAUCUCUGUGCUGGGAUGAAUCAUCCUUGUGAAACGUUAGGGCUGUCUCAUGUCUCAGGAAUGUGCCAACCACAUCGAAGCUGUAAUAUUAAUGAGGAUUCUGGCUUACCAGUGGCAUUCACCAUCGCACAUGAGAUUGGCCACAGUUUUGGAAUCCAGCAUGAUGGUCAGGGUAAUGACUGUGAACCCAUGGACACUCACCAUUUCAUUAUGUCACGACAACUACAGUAUGAUCAGUCUCCUCUUAUUUGGUCGCCUUGCAGCAAAGAUUACAUCACACGGUUCCUGGAUCGGGGCUGGGGUUUCUGUCUCAAUGAUCGACCAACUAAACCGGAGUUAAUGGUUCCCACCAUUGCUCCAGGAGUGCUAUAUGACGUCCAUCAUCAAUGUCAGCUCCAGUACGGACCCAACUCUACUUUCUGUGAGGAAAUGGAUAACAUUUGCCAGACGCUCUGGUGCUCAGUGAAUGGCACUUGUCGUUCUAAACUGGACGCUGCGGCAGACGGGACUAGCUGUGGAGAGAAAAAGUGGUGUUUUAACAGCGAGUGUGUGGCUGUUGGAAACCGGCCAGAGGCUGUCGACGGAGGAUGGGGGUCCUGGAGCUCCUGGUCGCAUUGCACACGCAGUUGUGGAGCAGGUGUUCAAGCAGCGGAGAGACCCUGCAGCAAUCCUGUUCCAAAGUUUGGAGGAAAGUACUGUACUGGAAAACGCAAACGAUACCGUAUCUGUAACGUCACUCCAUGUCAGCACGAAACACCCACGUUCCGUCAGAUGCAAUGCAGCGAGUUUGACACAGUUCUUUACAAAAAUGAACUCUACACAUGGAUUCCAGUCCUUAACCCUGCUAAUUCCUGUGAACUGCAUUGUCGGCCCGUUGAUCAACAGUUCUCUGAGAAAAUGCUUGACACAGUGAUUGAUGGGACAUCAUGCACUGAAGCCGUAAACAGCAGGGAUAUCUGCAUCAAUGGCAUAUGUAAGACUGUUGGCUGUGACUAUGAAAUAGAAUCCAAUGCAGUUGAAGAUCAAUGUGGGGUGUGCCAUGGGAAUGGCUCUUCUUGUCAGACAGUAAAGAAGACCUUUGAAGAGAGUGAAGGAUUAGGUUAUGUCGACGUGGCUCUGAUUCCGGAGGGAGCAAGAGAUAUUCGGGUGGAAGAGAUAGCUGAAGCAGGCAAUUUCUUAGCCUUGAGAAGUGAAGAUCCAGAGAAAUAUUUCCUCAAUGGAGGGUUUAUAAUUCAGUGGAAUGGAGACUACAGUGCAGCGGGAACAAUAUUUAAAUAUGAAAGAAAUGGUAAUCUUGAAAAUCUAACUGCACCAGGACCCACAAAAGAACCUGUCUGGAUUCAGCUACUGUUCCAAGAAACGAACCCUGGAAUCCGAUAUGAGUACACAAUCAAGAAACAUACAGAGGAAGAGAACACCAUUAGUCAGCCAGAGUUCUUCUGGAAAUAUGGAGCUUGGACAGCAUGCAGCGCCCCUUGUGGACAAGGAGUUCAGCGCCAAAUUGUUCGAUGCGUGGAAAAGACACCCAGAGUUGUGGAAGACAGAUUCUGCAAUCCAAGGACUCGGCCUGAUGACAGACAACGAAAAUGCAACAAAAUGGAUUGCCCUGCCAGAUGGUGGACCGGUGAAUGGCAGGAAUGCUCAGCAUCGUGUGGAAACACUGGUAUCAAGAAACGCACAGUCCUGUGUACCCGCACCGUGGGGACAGAGGAGCAAGCUCUUCCCAAUUCAGAGUGCAAACAGCUUCUCAAGCCAAGGACCCAAAUGCCAUGCAACAGAGACAUCUCGUGCCCUUCAAACUGGACUGUGGGCAAUUGGAGUGAAUGCUCAACUACAUGUGGAGGUGGAUUCCGCACACGGACAGUGAUAUGCACCUUGACUAAUAAGGAGCUUUGUGAUAUAUCCAAAAGGCCAAAUACUAAAGGCUUAUGUGGUUUAAGGAGCUGUCCUGUCAAUAAGAAAAAUCUCCUUCCUCCAUGGAAGCCUGAAGGCGGCAAGAUUUUUCACAAAGUCUUCCCUAAUAAACUGUGGCCCAAAUAUGGUCCAAAUCACUCAGAUGGUAAAGUUCAACCUAACCACAAACAGAUGCUUUUCACAACCAAACAACCACUUCUCAUCAACAUCACUAUGCAGCCACCCAUUGACACGGAUCCUGCAACCUCUGCAUCUACCACGACAGGAAAUCAGAAGAAUUUGGAAAACAAGCUCAAGCCCAAUGGAGAAAACAGCACUGUAUUAUACAAUGAACACUAUGAUAAUGACUCUAAUCCCAGCCAUCAGAAUCUAACCAGGAAGGGUAAUACUAACAUUGGAAGGAGAUUUCCUGAACCUGGAAAGAUCACACAUACAACUCAAACUGUGAAUGCUACUCAAAACACCACAGAUGAAACUUUUGUUAUCUCUACAGAUGGUCAAGUCACCAUUGAAAAGAUUACUUACCUGCCCUCCUUUACAGAAGAUCCUAAGCUUUCUCUUGUAACAGAUGGAUCUGAUGAUACAAUUGCAAAAACACCAACAGCCCCUGUGUAUGGUGAUAAGUCUACAUUGUUCAGUACUACACAGGAAUCACUUAUGACCACAGUAACACCCAGUAGAGCAGAAGCAGUCAAGCCAAAUGCAACAGCUCCUUCUUCAGGUUUUGAUCAUAGAAAAAUAAAUUUUUCAAAAUUUAAAGUAGAUCCUCAAAUCAAAGCAACCAUUAACCGACUUAAACUGAAACUACUGAAGAUGCUGAAUGCUAAUCACUUCUCCAGUGCUACUGAUAACCCGGCUCUUCCUGGCGAGGACAGGCUGCAGGUCACCUUUGAACUUACAACGUCUAAUGUAGUUGGUACCACGCCUUCAUCUUGGGUAAAUCUCUCAAAACCAUUUGGAAAUACAUUUCAGUUCUCCAAAGCAGAGUCAACCACUGCAGCACCCUUGAAGAAUAUUGUGCCUGCUACAAUAGCGACUAAUGUUACAAUAGAUAACGAUGAUUUUGAGAACCUAACUAGGACGGACAUUGUUUUCUGGAAAGUUGGGAACUGGAGUGAGUGCUCUACCACGUGUGGAGUUGGGGCUGUCUGGAGGCAGGUGGAGUGUAGUACUAAUGAAGAAUCCGACUGUGAACAGACAAAGAAGCCAGUCCCUGCACGGAGAUGCUUUGUACGUCCAUGCGCUAUGUGGAAAAUAGGUAACUGGAGCAAGUGCUCAGAGAACUGUGGAGGUGGAAUCAAAACCCGUGAGCUUCAGUGUCUGGAUGCUCGAGACAAAAGACUCCUGCGACCCUUCCACUGCCAGUUGCUAGGACCCAAACCAAUCACAAGUCUCGACUGUAAUGUAAAGGCCUGCAGCGAAUGGAACGUUUCUGCUUGGAGUGAGUGUUCGAAGACAUGUGGCACUGGAAUCCAGGAACGAUCGGUUUAUUGUGCGGAACACAAGCAAUGCCAUCUUAAAGCUCAACCUCAGUCAAGCUCAGCUUGCAAUAUUCAGCCAUGUACUGAGUGGGUGGCUGGCACCUGGAGCAAGUGCUCUGCAUCCUGCGGAGGAGGUUCACAGCGCCGGACGGUGAAGUGUGUAAACAUGGAAACCAGUGAGACAGAGGAAGACAACAGCACUUGUGAGCUGAAGCCACCACCCAGAGCAGUACAGGUGUGCAACCAACAGAAGUGUGGCAAUAAAAAGGGCAACACCUGUACGAAGGACAGAAUGUCAGAGAAAUUUUGUCUCACCCUGAAGAAACUGGGCCGAUGCUACAUGAUGGCGAUCAAAAUUCAGUGCUGUCGAACGUGCCUAAAAUUUAACGCCACAGUUAGAAGAAAGGGAAUCGCACAGGGCCCCAGCCAAGGGGCCUCAUUGGGCUCAUGAAAGACUGUUCUUACAAUUAAGUACAUGGAACAGACUUCUGUAAGUGAGGUUUUUGAAUGCUUCUGUUGACAUUGCCAGGAUGCUUUUAAAAUCUUUCAAUACUUGGUUGACAAAAAGAAAUA